AUGAAACGCACUCGAUUAAAUAUUCACGACCUCCCUCGGCCGCCUCAUACGCCGCGACGAAACUCGUCCCGGCCGCGGCUCGACCCAGCGUCCCCCGCGGCUGGGAAGGCGCCGGCGGCGGGGAGAAGAAAGAGGAAACAGGAGGCGAGAGAAGAGAACAUCGAAAGCCACGCGGAGCUUGAACAACUUGCAUUCCGAAUCCGAACCGAACUUCUCUGA